AUGAAUGACGAGGGAAAGUCCAAUGGUUCUUACAAUGACCUUCUCCACCAGAUUGAGCACAAGAUUGUUGAUGCAGUGGUGGGAGACACAACAAUUAUUGCCGACCGUACAUCAUAUGUCGACUUCACAUUGCCUUACUCCGAGUCCGGAAAAGUAAUGGUCGUACCCAUCAAACAUGAAAAGUCAAAAACUCUGUGGAGUUUCUCAUACCCUGUAAGCUGGGAUCUUUGGUUGGCAAUUAUUUUGUCAUGCAUCUUCUUUGGUCUUGUCAUUCGGAUUAUGGAGCGCCAUCACACAGCAAACACAGGAUUUGGAGGGCCACCUAGACGACAGCUUGGCAUGAUCUUGUGGUUUCCAUUCUCAUCUCUAGUCUUUCCUCAACGAGCUGCUGCUCAAUGGCUACUCCAGAUUUGUGCUGGUCAUGUGGUUGUUUUUGGCAUUUAUCUUGAUGCAAAGUUACACAGCAAGCUUGUCUUCAAUAUUGACAGUAGAUCGGUUGCACCCACGUCCGUUAGCGUCCAAAAGCUCAAAGAAAAAGGUGACAAUGUUGGAUACCAAAACAGUUCCUUUGUGUUAGACUUCUUAAAGAAUCGGUUGAAGUUCGAUGAGUCCAAACUCAAGCCAUAUGACACUGUUGCUGAUUAUCACAAGGCCUUGUCUAAAGGAAGUGAACAUAACGGUGUUGCUGCGAUCUUCGAUGAGAUUCCUUAUAUCAGGCUCUUCCUUGCUAAACAUGGUUCAGAAUAUAUGAUGACUGGCCCGAUGUAUAGGACUGAUGGGUUUGGAUUUGCAUUCCCGAGAGGCUCCGCUCUCGUCUCUUAUAUUUCAAGGGCAAUCUUGAAAGUCAGAGAGGAUACAAUAAUGGAUAACAUUGAGAAAAAGCAUUUUAAACAUCAGAUUACAUCUUUAUAUCCGGUUGCUCCAAUCUCUGCAAGUAGUCCUAGUCUUUGUGUACGUAGCUUUGGUGGUCUCUUCAUCAUCACAGGGAUUGCCACAUUGUUAGCCCUGGCUUUUUCAGAAGGCUACUUUUCGGAAAAACUUGUUUCAAUGGCAAAAAAUUAUGGCCGAAGAUAUCUUUCUUCUCGAGCUCCAAAUAUUGAAAUUGAGCUGGUAGCUCAUUCAAUAACUAUGGUGGACGAUAGUGCACAUUCUACUAAUGAAAUUCAAAAUUCAGGGGAUUCUUCUGAAGUUUUUAACCACAAUGAGGGAAGUGUUCAUCAAGAAGAUGCAGUAACUUGA